CCUGGACCGUCUGCAGGCCGGAUUGAGAAGGCGAUUGGGCCGCAUCCGGCCCCCGGGCCUCAGUUUGCCUACCCAUGGCAUAAGGCAUCAUCUUCUUUCGUGAUUUCCCUGUCGUCGAUCUCUUCCAUCACACAGUUGUAGGCAGGCAUGCAGGAGUCCGAGGGCGGCUCAGAUUCCACGACUCCUGUGGCGCUGCGAACGUCGGCAUCGGUCCAGGCCCCUGUGGUCCAGCCGGUGCCAGCAUCCCAGCAGAGGGUUUUGGUGCAGGCGACAGGCUCCACUCCGAAAGGGGCGCAAAUGCAGCAGCUGUCCGUCCCCAGAGUCCAGCAGGUUCCACAGCAGGUGCAAACAGUACAGCAUGUCUAUCCGGCUCAAGUCCAGUACGUCGAAGGAGGAGAAGCUGUCUAUACCAAUGGGACCAUACGUGCCGCUUAUUCCUACAACACGGAAGCUCAGAUCUACGCCCCCAGCAGCGCCUCCUCCUACUUCGAAGCGCAGGGAGGCAGCUCUCAGGUGAGCACGGGGCCCUCGUCGCCCACCACCAUCCCCUCGCACGGCAUGGUGGGCAUCGCGAUGGACAUCGGGGGAAGCCAGAUCGUGUCCAGCUCGGGAGCCUACCUCAUCCACAGCGGAAUGGAGAGCGCCAGGCACGCCCUCUCGCACACCUCGCGCUCCUCCCCAGCCACGCUUGAAAUGGCGAUUGAAAACCUCCAAAAAAAUGAAGGCAUAACGUCGCACAAAAGCAGCUUGCUGAACAGCCAUCUUCAGUGGCUGCUGGACAACUACGAGACGGCCGAAGGGGUCAGCCUGCCCCGCAGCUCUCUCUAUAACCAUUACCUGCGCCACUGCCAAGAGCACAAGCUGGAUCCCGUGAAUGCCGCGUCCUUCGGGAAGCUGAUCCGCUCCGUCUUCAUGGGACUGAGGACCCGCCGGCUUGGCACAAGGGGAAAUUCCAAAUACCAUUACUACGGGAUCCGCCUCAAGCCAGACUCCCCACUCAACCGCUUGCAGGAAGAUGCUCAGUAUAUGGCGAUGAGGCAGCAGCCCAUCCACCAGAAACAAAGGUACAGACCUUCGCAGAAGUUGGACGGCCUGGCGGAGGCCGGUUCGAACAGCAGCCUUCACUCCACGCCCGAGCAAUCCGUCGCUGCGCAAAGCCAGCACCACCAGCAGUUCAUUGACGUCACCCACAUCCUCCCUGCAUUCCCAGCCCUCGAUCUGGAAAACGUGCUCCUGCAGGAGGGAAUCGACGCGAGCGACGUCAAGACUCUUCAGGUCCUCUACAGGCGGCAUUGCGAGGCGAACGUGGACGUCGUAAUGAGCCUACAGUUCCCUUACAUCGAGAAGCUAUGGCAGUCUUUCUGGAACUCGGAGUCCCAUUCGAGCGAAUCGGCCUCUGCUGCCGUGCCUUCCAGCGAAGAGCCCUGCGACGCCCUCGUCCCGAGGCACAAGCUGAUCGCCAUGUGCAAAUACGUCCCCAUCAUGAAAUGGAUGCGGGGCUGCGACCACAUCUUGUACCAGACGCUUGUGGAGAUCCUCAUCCCAGAUGUUCUCCGGCCUGUUCCCAGCACGUUGACCCAGGCCAUCCGCAACUUUGCCAAAAGUUUGGAAGGCUGGCUAAUAAACGCCAUGAGCGACUUCCCCCAGCAGAUCGUCCAGACAAAGGUGGGUGUGGUGAGCGCCUUUGCACAGACUCUCCGCAGGUACACCUCCCUCAACCACCUGGCGCAGGCGGCUCGCGCCGUCCUCCAGAACACCUCGCAGAUCAACCAGAUGCUCAGUGACCUCAACCGGGUGGAUUUUGCUAACGUCCAGGAGCAAGCCUCAUGGGUGUGCCAGUGCGAGGAGGGCCUGGUGCAGAAACUGGAGCAUGAUUUCAAGCUGACCCUCCAGCAGCAGAGCUCUUUGGACCAGUGGGCCAGCUGGCUGGACAACGUGGUGACCCAGGUCCUGAAGCACCACGAAGGAGGGGCCGGCUUCCCAAAGGCCGCCAGGCAGUUCUUGCUGAAGUGGUCCUUCUACAGCUCCAUGGUGAUCCGAGACCUCACCCUGCGCAGCGCUGCCAGCUUCGGCUCCUUUCACCUGAUCCGCCUGCUCUACGACGAGUACAUGUUCUACCUGGUGGAGCAUCGCGUGGCUCAAGCGACGGGGGAGACGCCCAUCGCCGUGAUGGGAGAGUUCAGCGACCUCGCCUCCAUGUCUCCAGCCUUGCUCGAUAAAGACGACAUCAGCGACCUGGGCAGCGAGGCGGAGGCGGACUCCCGAUGCGCCGGCGAACCCCUCGUGAAGCGCGAACGCAGCGAUCCCGGCCCCUCGCUGCAAGAGAUCUAAUAAGAGUUGGCACGGCGGGAGGCCGCCCAACUCCUGUCGCGUUCCAGCUCCGGAAGCGAAAGUUUCCAAAGCUUUCUGGAAACCCCCAAAGGCUGGGUUUCCACCUCCUCCACAAUCCGAGUGCCUCUUAGCUCCUCUUAACGUUUACUUGUCUUCACAGACGGGGUCCCUGGCGGCUGCCCGGUCAGCUGCGCGGGCAGAAGCUGGCCCAGUUGCGGCAAAGGGAAUCAGCGGCCGGCUCUUCCCUUCCGAUGGGGGGGGGGUGCCUGGCCCCUUCUGCCCUGAACGUGGAGCUUUCUGUCUGUCUUGUCUGUCUCUCUCUCAAUUCCCCUCUCCCUCGUAUCCUCGUGCUCUUGGCCUUAACUGACUGUUUGAAUGGAUUGUGGAACCCGCGGAGACCGGGUGCUUGGUUGGCCAUGACAGCCCCAAACCCAGCCAUCUCCUCUAGGGUUCCCUAGAUUACCACUGUGAUGAAGCUCUGCUUGCCUCCCCGAAAGACCCCUUUCCUUUCCACUGCGCCUCGUGGGGAGGCAGAAGUUGGGGGGGCCUCUGGUCUGCCCCCCCGUGCUUCCCCCUACUUGCCAAAUAAAUUUACAAUGUGGCACAUA